AUGUCAUUUAUCGACUGGAAAGAUAUAUUUGACGAUAUCUUUGAAGCAUAUCCAGACAAAUGGUCACUGAAUCAAAUGCAUAGAAAUAAUGUAAGCCAAUUACGAAAACUUCAAACUAAACGUACUAUGGAACGACAAGCAUAUGCACGUUUUCAUUGUCCAAAAUGUCAAAUUACAUCACGAUUCUAUGGACAACAAUGUAAAAAAUGUUCUCGCAAUGGAAAUUAUUUUGUUGAUCCAGAAUAUGAUACGGAUGAAAUUAAAUUCAUAUUAGAAAAACUAUAUGAAAGAAUUGGAUGGAAUUGUUAUGGUAAAAAACGGCCACCCAAAACGACAAAUACUAGUGACAAAGAAAUUGAUAUGAAAGGUCCACAUGAGAAAAGCUUGUGCGAAGCGUGUCAACUUGGUUGUUGUGAUCGAGCAUUAACAAUGAAAAAACGUUAA